AUGCUCAAUUCCGCAGACAGCUUUGUCCACCAGUGGCAUGAGACAUCGGAGAUGCAUGCUACACUGCCUGCUCAGAUGGAAACGGCGUGCACGUUGACUCAACAGCAGCCCAUGUGCGACAUGUCCUACCCGCACGGCCUGCCAAUGUCCACCCAGAGCAUGCCGAUGCAGAUGCCGGAUUCUUCACCCAUGCGGAACGAGAUAUGGCAGGAUCCUCAACACAGCUCCUUCGGUCCUGUUCUACAGCCUGGACUGGCGGACACGCUCUACCACAGCGUGCAGAAUCUCGGACACCAGCAUGCGCCGCAUGCUUCCAUGUAUGCCAACCCUUCGGCCUCCCUGAAUGCGUCGCUGGAGCAGUCAGUGUUUCCCAAUGUACCAGCCGUCCCAUCCUUCCAUGCACAGCCACGAGUGGUCGUUCCAUCUCAACUGGGUCCCCAAGAUGACUACCCGAUGGAUCACUAUCCCCAGUAUGACCAAAGUGGGACCGACUUUGCGCAGAGCUUCGACUCCAACAUGACAGGAAGCAGUGGCUGGGAGUCUGUCGGACCUCCAAGCCCGAUGGAGCACUACAUGAAUCCAUCCGAGGAAGAUUAUGUGAUGGUGAAAGAGGAGUUCAUCAAAGACGAGUUCGCCGGCACACCCACGAAAUCGCAGGUCUGGCGUGACAUCCACUAUCCAGGCUCACCCAGCGCGUCUCGCAUCCAGAGGCGACCAUCCAGGAAAACUCGCAAGUCUCAGGCGUCGUCCAAAGUGUUCUCUGAGUACGACACAGGCAUCUGCCACAUCAAAUGCGAAGGCAAGAAGUUCUCAGUGGUGACCGACAAUCUCACAGGAAAGACUCUCGUCAUCCCCGAAACACCGCGCACAGACAAGCAAAACCGUUGCACUCACAAGAAGGACAACGGCACAAUUUGUAAUGCCAGCUUUGAUCGCGCCGAACACCUCAAGCGACACAUGCUCUCACAUAGCAAUAUUCGAGCCUUUCCGUGUCCUCUCCCAGGAUGCACCAAAAAGAUUGGUCGUUCCGAUAAUGCGCUUGAUCAUUUCAUGACCCAUCUUCGGGAGAAGUCUAAGGGGAAGCGCAAUCAUCAUUUUAGUUUGGAUAAGAUUGAAGAGUAUCUUCGUGGUCACCAUGCGUGGGAUGACAAGAAGGUUACGAAGAUGAUUGAGAAGUUGCAUAGGAGGAUGGCGAAUGAGAUGGAAAAGGCGAGAAUUGCUGCGAUUGAGAAGGCACGGCAGGAGGCUAUGGCGGAGGCGUAUGGGAAGCAGCGAGCACGGUUGUGAGGAUUCAUUCACGGAUGGUAUUCGGACAUUGACAUCAACGGCGCGACAGAUACGACUGGCACAACAGCACUUCGGCAUGCGAUGGACAACAUGGACGGCGGCAAAGACUCUUCAGCAAAGACGACGACAACCACAAGAGAGGCAUCACUCCUCUCCAGGCUUCUGGGUAAUCACGGACGGUACGGCGGUAACGAUCUCGGAUCUUUUGUUUGACAGUUAUACCCCCUCGGCAGGGCCCAUUCGGACU